GUAAGCAGACGACAGUAUCAAAUAUUUGGAUCGUUUCACGUGAUUACCAGAUAUUUAUAUAUUUUGCAAAAAAAAUAAAACGAUAUUAUAUUGUAUUAAAAGAAAAAAUAACCUUUUUAUUAUACGCUGUUAAAGAAAUAACAAUAAUGUCCGCGAAUACCUCGCAUACGGAGAAAGAAUUAGAUUUGAGUAAUGCUGGCCGUGGUGUAUGGCUUGUUAAAGUGCCUAAAUAUAUAGCUAACAAAUGGGAGAAAGCGCCUGGCAAUAUAGAAGUCGGCAAAUUAAAAAUUACGAAAAAUCCUGGACAGAAAGCUGAAGUAUCUCUCAAACUGUCAGAGGCUGUUUUGGCUCUGAAAGAAUCUAGAGAAGAAGAAAUACCAAAACAACAUAGACUAGAUGUUACAACAGUUACUAGGCAAAUGCUAGGAGUAUUUUCUCACGUUACCCGUAAGUUUGACAUUAUUUUUAAGUUUGCUGUGUUUCUGGCAAUAUCUAUUAUUAAUCUUACAGCAUCAGCAAGUUCAGAUGCAAUUGUUCCAGAAACAGAGAAGCUCUUCAUGGAAGGAAGGAUUGUUCAAAAAUUAGAAUGCCGACCAUAUGCUGAUAAUUGUUAUAUGAAACUGAAACUAGAAAGUAUCAAAAGAGCUUCUGUGCCACAAAGACAAGUUCAACAAUUAGAUAGAGUUGUACAGAAUUUCAAGCCUGUAUCCGAUCACAAACACAAUAUUGAAUAUGCUGAAAAGAAGAAAGCAGAAGGAAAGAAAAUGAGAGAUGAUAGAAAUGCUGUGCAAGAUAUGCUUUUUGCAGCAUUCGAGAAACAUCAAUAUUACAAUAUAAGAGAUCUUGUGAAAAUUACAAGACAACCUAUUGUUUAUUUAAAAGAAAUUCUCAAUGAAGUUUGUAACUAUAAUUUAAAAAAUCCCCAUAGAAACAUGUGGGAAUUGAAACCAGAAUAUCGACAUUACAAAGAAGAGGAAAAAUCUACAGAGAGCACUUCAAAGAGAGGCAACGAAUCGGAAGAUGAUUGAUUUUUCUUAUCUAUAUAUUAUUUUUAUAUUUGGUUAUUAAUAAAAUUUAUCGAAUAAUAUUUUUUUAA